AUGAGCCCUCAUAUAAAGCAUCAUCAUGCCCGAGCAAGCCAGGAGCUUGCUCAACCUAUUGAUAAGGUCUCCAGGGAAGGCAGCAGCGUGGGCGAGCAAGAUUGCGGCCCCAACCCUAAGACGAUCUAUGAAGAGAUUGUUGGCCGUGCAGUUGACAUUGCGGAGAAGAAAUGGCCCAAAUAUGAUUCUCAAGCCUUCGAAGUACAUCUCCGCCGCCUUAUCAAAGAGUAUGCUUCCCAUUGUGCGGAACACGACGCCAGCAAAUCCGACGAGAAAGCCAGAGAGAGAAAAAUAGAAAGGAUUUCUGAGAUUAUCACCAAAGAAGGUGACAAAAUUGCCCACGACUUCUUUACGAAGAUUGAGAAAGUCCGCAUACAUGUUCAUGACGUCGAUAAAGAACAUCUCCACGAGCUUGGAGUCCAAGCUAAAGCCCGUAUUCAAGCCCUAGUUAAAGUCCAUAUCCACGAGACUGUUGACAAGCCUGUCCACGAGACCGCCGGCAAGCCUGUCCACGAGACUGUCGACGACAAAUUCGAUGAGGUUGACGAAAUCGCCUGCAAAGAUUACGAAAAAGUAGCUGAAAAUCCCUUCGAUGAAUUUAUCACAGACAGUGACGCAGAGACAGAUAACACUUACGUGGAGGCCCUUAGGAAACUGGUCAAGCAAGUCGUCGCCUGCAAAUUCAUAAUCAAGGUGGCUAACAAAUGGGAGGAAAGAAGAGAAAGGAAAGAAGAAAAUGAAAAAUACGAAUUUAAUUUCAAAGGCUUUAUCAAGCUAUUUAAAGAUGCCGCCAAUUUUAAGGCCAACUUCGAUCCCAAGUCUGUCGAGCCCACCAACUUUUACACUGACUUCGACUUCGACGGCUUUGUCGAGCUCUUUAAGGAUGCCAACAACUUUUCCACUGGGUCCGAUUCCGAGGCCGUUGUCAAGGUCCCUGAGGAUGCCGUCAAAUUUUACACUGAAUUCGACCUCUGGGGCCUCGUCAAGCUAUUUAAAUUUGCCACCGACUUUUACACUGACUUCGACGUUUACGCUGCCUCCGACUUCGAGGGCUUUGUCGAGCUAUUUGAGGGUGAGGAUGACUAUGUCAUGGUGGAUCGCAACACAAUGAUGCCGUCUGCAACGGGUGAUGAGGUGCUGGCCACCGAGGUCACAGAAAAGAUGGGGUCGAGAACCAGAACUUGGUGGUUCUUUUGGUGA